AUGCCUCAUAUAAUCGAGCUUAUUGGCGGCCCGCCGUGGGGUUUUCGAGUCACUUCAGAUUCCGAAUUGCGGCCGAUUGUCGGCCAGCUAAUUCCUGGCGGCCGAGGGCAAUCGGCCGGCUUGAAAAUUGGCGACAUGAUAGUAUCGAUCGAUAACACAGAAGUGGGCUCCUGUCAACAGGCGCACUUAUCAAUUCAGAAUGCCACCGGAAUAAUGAAAUUGCAUGUGGAAAGAUGUCCACAGCGAUUCCAUCAAACGGUGAGAGAUGAGAAACUGAGCAGCUCGGCGCGCAAUUCGCCGAAUUUGGGCAAAAAACGCGUUUCGACGACGUCGAUGCCCAACUCGCCGGUGCUGCCGCGAACCAAUCCGCGAAGCUCGCCGAGACAAGUCCGAAUGGAUAUGAUGAACGGCGCCAAGGAAAACACCAAUAGCAAACGAAGGCUGUUCGAGGAAAUGGCCGAAAAUUGCAGCCCAACAAUUACCGAUCAUUUGUUGAAGAAGAAAAUUCAAAUGGGAUUGCAGAAUGGCAAUUUAGAAUCGUCGACGAGCAGCUCAGUCGGCUACGACAGCGCCGCUGCCGACUUUGCCGGUCGCAGUUUGACAAACAGCUCGAGAGAUUCGCCAACAAGCAAUUCAUCGUCAAGUCAAGAAGCCGAAACCACUGAAGAUAUCACAGUCGUCGAGGCGGCGAAGGGCUCCGAAGAAGGGAACAUGAUCAACGGGUAUAAUUCGAACCAAUUGGAAUUUUACAACAACUUGAAUUCAUCAUCAGCGGCACAUAAUUUCCAAAACGCGCCUGAUUUACCGUCAUCGUCAUCGACAACCCAAUCGCACAAUCAAUGGCAAAUCAAAACUGAACCCGCUUCGAAUGUGAUGCCGGCAGACGGUGAUAUUGAGGUGCCGGUUCGCCGCAAUGUUGCCGCACUCCGCCAAGUGAUCAAUGAUCGCCUAGAAAUGAAAACGCCGGUGGGCGGAGUUAGCGCAACAAGACCCAAAACACCGCAGGACCCAACUUCUUGGUCGCAAUCAAAACCACAAGAACCCGCUCAACCGUCAUGGGCUGCUAAUGUGAAAGUCUACGAGCCGAAUGGAUUUGUGGACCCGCAUGCCAACAAGCAUAAUAUGGGACGGGUUCUCGAUGGUCCGGUGAAUCCAAACAAAUAUUUCCAAGGUGUGCCGCCUCCCAGCUACAGUCAGGUUCCAACCGAAGCCAAACCGCCGGCGCCACCGCCAAAACCGGCGCCACCGAAGACCUCGUCGACAAUCCGAUUGCCGCCCGAAUUGUCGCACAACUCAUACCAGCAGCAGUAUCAGCCGCCGAAAAUUCGAAAUCCUUAUGAGUUCGGCGGCGAUCCAAGAGCCGGCGACGAGCUUGACGAUGGCGCCUCGAUGAUCUCCUCGUGCAUCUCAACGUUCGGCGAUUCGUCGGAAAUCGCGGCGAUUAAUGCCGCCGGUGUUCAACGGCAACUCUACGAUCAAUAUCGAAAGUCUCUGAUGAACACCCCGAUGGAUCUCGAUACCCAGAAACAUCCGACGAUCCCGGAAGAGAUGACCACAUCAACAGCGCAAGAGCGCUCCGAGAAAGAAGCCACACCCGUCGCGCCGUCCUCUUCCCUAUUUGGCGCCGAUAUCCAAUUGACACCUUUCGGGCAGCCCAAUAUUGAAAAGUCACCACGAGCCGGAUCAAUGGAUCUUGAGAGCUCUGAGCUACUAAUCAAAUCCAAAUCGCCCACUCCAUAUUCGUCAAAGACCGCUGAUCACUUUGGAACAAUUCGAAGGAAGCAUACACCAGUGCGACUUGAUCCAAUCGCAUUGGAUUCGGCUAAACAAUCGAAACAAGACGUCUCAUCCCCGCCGUUCUCCUCGCCACCAGCUCAUGUGGAAACGAGAAGCUAUGAUAGUGGAUAUGAAGGGUCCAAUGCGAUGUCUCCGGAUCAAACAGCGAACAUGUUGGAAAAAACGCUUUGCGAUGCGUUUGAGCUCGCUUCCUCGCUGGCUUCAUCAAUGAAUAUCCCAUCAAUGCGCGAUACCGAAUCGCGAGCCGAUCGCCCAGAUAGCUUCAUGUCGUCCACUUCGACAACAUUCGACCACCAUCAGACCGCAGCGGCGCCGCCCGUCGCGCAAAAUAAUCAAAAUAAUAUUAAUAAUAUUAUUAUUCGCGAGACGACACCACGCCCACCAAGUGGCGUUGCACCAAUUGGCGGCGCCCAGCAGCAGCAGCAGCCGCCGGAGCUCAUGGAUCCCGAUGAGCUCAUGUAUCCAAAACGCCAUUUUCAUUCACAAACCGAACCGGAAAUGUCGUUGUGGUACCGGAAGAUGUUCAAGCAGAUGCAUAAGCCGGAACCAGAGGAUCAACAGACUAGUGGCGAGGCUCACCACAGAAACAUCGAGCUGGAAGAGAGGAGGGAACGCGAGCAGACGCCGUUAACCCACAAUUCGCGCGCUCAACGAGUUGACGUCGAGAUCACACCGCGACGAGCUCGAUCUGUUGGACGGGUAGUUGAGCCGGAGCAGCCGAAAGGCGCACCGGUCGGCGAGCAUUUGUAUGCACUGGAGCGUGCCAAGACGCCGCACUUCCACGUGCCGUCGUACAAGUUUCGCGAUGUGGAUGCUCGUCCGAUUCGAUGCACAUUCGACGGUUGCGCGCCGACGACGUCCGACGACCCGCCGACGUAUGGCACACCAUGUAUGGUGUGCCGACGACCGCGACGGGACGCCUCGUUUGGUGAAGUGGAUUUGAUCUACAAGAAAAUGGAAGCGGAUAGGAAGCGAGCUCAAGAGCGACGGCUUCAGAAGAAGAUUGAACUUCAACUAAUCACUAACAAACUUGACGAGACUACCAAAGAGCUUGACGUGUUUAUCAAUAGCCUUGAAAAAACCUGGCAGCGUUCCAAAUCCCAGCCAGUCAUUCGAACUAACACGCCAACCGAAAGUUCCAGCCUAGCCGCUGAAAUUGACGCGUUGAAACGGCUCACCGAAGAAGAUAACGCGAUUCGUCAAAAAGCUGAUCGACUUGGUAGCGAGCUUCAGAAGCACAGCUACGUACCAUCCUCUGCUCCAUCCCUUCACAACAACAUGGAUCGAUUCGAAGGGCUUGUGAAAGAUUACUCAACGGAUCAGAAUGGAUCGGGCUACACGGGCCAGUCGAGUCGCAAUCCGGUUGUGACAGCUACUGCCGUUUAUAAAUUUGAAGCUAGGAGUCCAAGAGAGCUUCCAUUAAACAAGGGCGAUAUUGUGCGAAUAAUCCGCGAAGUGGAUUCGCAUUGGAUCGAAGGCGAAAGGAAUGGACGUAGUGGAAUUUUUCCAGCUUCUUAUGUUCAGAUCGAAUCGGAGUUUGAGCGAAAUCGACAGAAAAUGAGAGCAAUCUAUCCGUUCACAUCGAGAAAUUCCAAUGAGCUUAGUCUAAAGAGGGGUGAAAUUGUCAUAUUCCGUCGAGAAAUUGAUAUGAACUGGAUGGAGGGCUCGAAUCAGAUCGGCCAAAUCGGAAUCUUCCCGUCGUCAUAUGUCAGAAUGCUCUCGGAUGCGCCUAGUGAACAGCCGGCAGCGAUUAUUCCAGACCGUCCGAAGACGCCGAAAAUCGUUGUGGGAGGCUACGAGCCGGAGCCGGCGCAAAAUCGUGUGAGGUUCGAGGAGCCCAGACAGCAAGAAGCGUACCGAUACGAGGAUUCUAGGCAGCCCGACGUUUACAGUGGAUAUGCAUCCCAGCAGCAACCAAUCGAUAGACUAAACGAGUGGGAGAAUCGAAAAUUGGACAUGUGGGAGCGGCCUCAACAAGCGAUUGUGCAGCCGAUUCAACAAGCCCCAAUCGCUCCGUCGCAAUCGGCAAUUAGCCAGAUGAAGCCGAAGCCGACGAAUCUCGAUAUUCGCACAAAUGCGGCAUCUGUGAUACCGAAAGGAAGUGAAAUGUAUCGUGCCAUCUUCGACUAUCGGCCUCAAAAGGAAGACGAAUUAGAGCUGUUCACAAAUGAUAUUAUUUUUGUGGUUGAAAAAUGCGACGAUGGAUGGUUUAUUGGAACCUCGCUGCGCACCGGUGACUUUGGCAUUUUCCCGGGAAAUUACGUUCAACGUCAUUAG